CGGAGUCAGGUCGGACGCCGAGGGCCGGCCCGCCGCCCCGCUGCCGGGUCGCCACGGUUACCUACCCUGGGUCCUCCUCCGAGGGCCGGGACCCUCGGGCCCGCUGCGCCCGGGUUGCCAUGGUUACCUGAGCCCGCCCUCAGAGGAUCCGCUCUCCCGGGCCCCGGCGCCCGCCGCCGCUUCACUCCAAAGGCCUCAGAUGCCAGGAGCUGUCUCUUGCGACUCAUAGCCCGGGACUCCCCGCUUCCGUGAAAGCGCGCCCGGAGACGGGGUCUUCCGGCGCGGGGCGAUGACGACAGCGCCUCGGACGCGCCCGCGAGGGGCGGAGCCAGUCUCACUUCCGGCGCCCGCGCCGCUGCCGAUUGGCUCCGGGAGGCAGCUCGCUCGCGCGGAGCGUGCGGGUGUCCACCUGGGACCAGCUUCAGGUGCUGCCGGCAGUGCCGUCGCCCUUCCCGCCCUGAAGCCAAUGACUGCGUCAUCAGACGCGGCCACGACACUUUUGCAGUCUCUCCGGAGGGCUUCUGACGGGCUGCCCCGAUGGCAGAGCGUAGAGAAGGUGGAAGCCAGGGCUGGGAGCUUUGAGGAGCUUAUGGAGCCCAGAGGAACCAAGAGAAAAACGGAGAAGACAGAGGUGGCGGAGCCUAAGCUCCCGCGUCCAAUGUCCUCACUACGCACGGAGCCUGCUCUGUACUCUGGCCCCUUCCCCUUCUACCGGCGUCCUUCCGAACUGGGCUGCUUCUCCCUGGACGCCCAGCGCCAGUACCAUGGAGAUGCCCGAGCCCUGCGCUACUACAGCCCGCCCCCCAUCAACGGUCCAGGCCCCGACUUUGACCUCAGAGAUGGGUACCCUGAUAGAUACCAGCCCCGGGAUGAGGAAGUCAAAGAGAGGCUGGACCAUUUGCUGCGCUGGCUCCUAGAACACCGACACCAGCUGGAGGGGGGUCCGGGCUGGCUGGCAGGGGCCACAGUGACAUGGCGAGGACACCUGACAAAAUUGCUGACCACGCCGUAUGAGCGGCAGGAGGGCUGGCAGCUGGCAGCCUCACGGUUCCAAGGGACACUGUACCUAAGUGAGGUGGAGACCCCGGCUGCUCGGGCUCAGAGGCUGGCCAGGCCGCCUCUCCUGCGGGAGCUCAUGUACAUGGGCUACAAAUUUGAGCAGUACAUGUGUGCAGACAAACCUGGAGGUUCCCCAGACCCCUCUGGGGAGGUUAACACCAACGUGGCCUUCUGCUCUGUGCUACGCAGCCGCCUGGGAAGCCACCCUCUGCUCUUCUCCGGGGAGGUAGACUGCAUGAACCCUCAGGCCCCAUCCACACAGCCCCCUGCCUGCUAUGUGGAGCUCAAGACCUCCAAGGAGAUGCACAGCCCUGGCCAGUGGAGGAGCUUCUACAGACAUAAACUCCUGAAAUGGUGGGCUCAGUCGUUCCUCCCAGGGGUCCCACAUGUUGUCGCCGGCUUCCGGAACCCAGAAGGUUUCAUCUGUUCCUUAAAGACCUUUCCUACCAUGGAGAUGUUUGAAAAUGUCAGGAACGACCGGGAUGGCUGGAAUCCCUCUGUGUGCAUGAACUUCUGUGCCGCCUUCCUUAGUUUUGCCCAGAGCACAGUUGUCCAGGAUGACCCCAGGCUUGUUCACCUCUUCUCCUGGGAACCUGGUGGCCCAGUCACUGUAUCUGUCCAUCGGGAUGCACCCUAUGCCUUCCUGCCCACAUGGUAUGUGGAAGCCAUGACUCAAGACCUCCCAUCACUCUCAAAGACUUCCUCCCCCAAGGACUGACGCCUCAGGGGACACACCAGUGUGGACUCUAUGCAGAUAAUAUAGCGGGUUUCUAAGCAGGUGUCUUGCUGCGUCUGAAUACAGCCAUCCCUACCCAAUA